AUGUCAGUGAAUGACCUUGACACUUUGCAUUCCGAACUCCGUGCGUACUACUACUACUACUACUACUACUACUACUACUACUACUACUACUACUACUACUACUACUACUACUACUACUACUACUACUACUACUACUACUACUACUACUACUACUACUACUACUACCACUACUACUACUACUACUACUACUACUAUCAAUUGAGUUAUUUGUUAGUCUUCCAACUGCGCAUUCGCGUUGAAACAUCUCUAUGA